AUGAAUGAAUACAGCAGUAGCUACUUGCUGCAUGCAGGGGACACACGGAGACCUCACCAUAGGCAGCAAUUGCAUUCUGAGGCUGAUCCCAGCUUCAGGAGGCCUCUGUGUCAGCCCAGGGAAGGGGGACUGGGGGACAACAGGAGGCAACUGUCGCCACGUACUGCAGACAGCCCUACAAUGCCAGGAAGGUGUCACCAAGAAGAGGGAGAGAGAAGACCCAGACAGACCAGUCACCCACAGUAUUACCAGAUCCCAGACAAUUACCAUAGGUACCCCCCUAGUUACUCACAGUAUCCCCUCAAUAACCACAAGCCACACAGUCCCUCUUCUGAUCAUCCAAACCACAUACAGCAUCAUCCCAGUCAUCAUAGCCACCAUUCACAUACUCCCUCUAACCAGCAUUCUGUCAGUCAAACAGAUCCCAGACAUAAUCAUCCCAGCCAAAAAGAACACCCACCCAGUCCCAGAGACCACCCGCCCAGUACAAGGCAGCAUUCCCCCAUCUCCAGACAGCAUUCACCCAGCCCCAGAGAGCAUACUCCCAGCCCUAGACAGCUACCUCCAAGUCCAAAAGAGCAAUCAGAAUCUCGAACAGAGCAGAGGGUAAAAAGAAAAGAUUCUGUGAAGAGUUCAGAUGGAGCCUCCAUGGUACACCCCAAAGCCAGUGACCUUCCUCCCAACAAAAGCAGCGAUAGUGACCCUGAAACAGAACCUCUGUUUGUGGAGCUUCAUCCCAUCCUCAGCUCAGUGUUUGGCCAGGAUAGAGAGCUGCGUCCAGAAGAGAUAGAAGAGCUCAGAGAAGCCUUUAAGGAGUUUGACAAAGAUAAGGAUGGCUACAUCAGCUGCAAGGACCUGGGGGACUGUAUGAGGACUAUGGGCUACAUGCCCACUGAGAUGGAACUAAUAGAGCUAUCUCAGCAAAUCAACAUGAACCUUGGAGGUCGUGUGGAUUUUGAUGAUUUUGUUGAACUAAUGGGGCCAAAGCUUCUGGCUGAGACAGCUGAUAUGAUUGGAGUUAAAGAGCUGCGAGAUGCCUUCAAAGAGUUUGACACUAACGGGGAUGGGGAAAUCAGCACAAGUGAGCUGCGUGAGGCCAUGAAAAAACUCCUGGGACAGCAGGUUGGGCACAGGGACAUUGAGGAUAUUAUACGUGAUGUUGAUCUGAAUGGAGAUGGACAGGUGGACUUUGAAGAGUUUGUCCGUAUGAUGUCACGCUGAGUGAUGGAGAACAUAUAUGUCACCCGAGUGAUGUCCCUGUCCUGAAGAAGCUGCCUCUGUUUCAUGGGCCUGAAGGGGCUAUGCCUGCUCCAUUCCCAGAGCAUUUUACCAAGAUGGACAGUGUCAACAAUACCUUCCAGUGUCCCGGGGAUGGUUUCAGUUUACAGCAUUUAUCAGUUUUCCUGUUAAUCCCUAUAAUGUGACUCGUGCCCAGCCAUUCCAAAAACAUCAUUGUAAUUCCAAGCAUGGGGCAAUUCCUGACUUUUGGAUAAUAUAAGGGGCUCUACCAGCUUUGAUGAAGGACCUAAAAUUGUGUGCAUGAGCCUGACACCUCUGUGUGACUUAACCUCCUAGAAUUGUGCAAUAAUAGAAUAGAUUCUGCUUCCCAAAAUUUACAAGGAAUGAAAUAAACCUUUAAUGUAAUAUAUUUAUAUAAAUAUAUGUAUGUAGGAACUGGAGAGUAGUAUGCACUGCUACAUGCAGCAAGAUGCACCUAUAGCUACAGCGUCACAGUUAGGAAACAUAUAGCUAGAUACAGUAUAUGUUCACAAACGCAACAGACACAUAGGUAACUCCACAGCUCUGUAAUAGAGCAUUAUAUGUAACAUAAGUAGUCAAAAGCUGUAAGAGCACACAAAAGAUAGAACUGUGUAUAAAUACAAGAUGAUAAACACAAGCAUGUAUAUGUAGGCAAAUAUACACCAGACAGACACAUAGAUAUAUACAGUAUAUAUGUAUGUGUGUAUAUAUAUAUAUAUAUAUAUAUAUAUAUAUAUAUAUAUAUAUAUAUAUAUGUGUGUGUGUGUGUAUUUGAGAAACAUAUUUUGUUGUAGUUGAAAUUAUAUUAAGUCAGCAGAAACAUGGUCCUUAAAGGGAUAUUAAAUACUAAAUAAAUGCUAAAUAAUAUAAUGUGUUCAUAGUGAAGAUUAUCCUGAUAAUUAUAUGCAGGUGUAUUUUUUUUAUAUAUUAGUUGUUUAAAUAUUAAAGGGACAGUGUACAACAAUUUUUAUAUAACUGCAUGUAAUAGACACUACUAUAAAGAAUAAUAUGCACAGAUACUGAUAUAAAAAUCCAGUACAAAACCUUUUUUAAAAACGUACUUAGAAGCUCCCAAUUUGGCACUGUUGAUGAGGUUAGUCUGGGACACCCACUGAAAGGGGCUGAGAGCAGACCCCCCUCCUCCCCUCCCCUGCAUAUUUAAAGACCCAUUAUACAAACAGAAGCAGUCUAAAGUCUGUAUACAUAAGUAUACAUCUAAAACUUUGGGGCUUGGUUAGGAGUCUGAAAAUCAGCACAGUGUUAUUUAAAAAUAAGCAAAACUGUACAUUUUUACAAAAACACCCCCAGAUAUGCUUUAUAAAUGGACCAUGUACAAAACAUUUAUGCAAAGAAAAAUCUAGUGUACAAUGUCCCUUUAAGAAAAUAAGGAACCAUUACAAGAGUAAGAAUGACAUUGCAGUGUCCCUUUAAUGCCCCUUAAAAUAAAUGUAAACCCUGUAUGUGCAUGUUGCAAACAGUAUAUACAAGGCACAAUGCUGUCACAUACUGGUGAAAUAAGGACAUUGAUCCACUUGGCUGUUUGCAAUAGUUUAAUUCUGCAACCAUAAUCCAAUUCCUCUGCUAAUCUGAAUGUGUUUAUCUAUCAGCCGCUCUAGGAACAGUGCCAUACAAACUGGGAUUACACUGCAUAUUGUAAACAAGCCUAUUCUGAUACGGAUCGCUCUUGUUCAUUUCUUUAGUAUUUUCUGUGUUUAUUUAAAAAGAAAACUAUCAUGUAUAUGAACAUUUAAACAUAAUACUUUUAAUAACAAAGUUGUUAUAAUAUCAUCAUUAAAAGGGGAUCUUUAUUUUGUGAUUCUCACUUUAAUAAUACGAUUCAAAGUAAGAUUUUCACAAAACUAAGAAUCUUGAAUAUUGUAAAACACAUAUGGGGGCCUGUCUAUCAACCUCCAAAAGGAGCUUGACGGCCCGUGUUGAUUGACACCUCCCUGCUGGCUGCCGAUUGGCCGUGAGACUGCAGGGGGCGUCGUUGCACCAGCAGCACUGUCGGAUCAGGUCCGCAAGACCUUUGCUAAAUAGGGGCCAUGGCCUCAGUUAAGUAAAACUAUUAAUAUGUAAUACUACCUGGAAUCACUAGAACAUUUUCAACAAAACACAACAUAAAAUAAGGCAAAAAAUAAAAGAAAAAGUUAAAGAAUUCAGUGUUUGAGGAACUAUUUUCUUCUACGUAAUAAUGUGUUGCCAUAUCUCAUUGAGCUGUACACUGAGACAUAAUAAAUGUGAAAUUAGUUCUUGGCUGGGAGUUUACAGAAGAUUAAAGGGAUGAAUUAAACAUGAAUUUGAAAAGGGGAUAGAAGAUAAUUGUGCCCCAGUUACCAUAAAAGCUGUUCACUCUGGAGUUAAACAUAUUGGGGCAUAUUUAUCAAGCUCUGUAUGGAGCUUGAUGCCCCUUGUUUCCGGCGAGCCUGAACAGAAGUUAUGAAGCAGCGGGUUAAAGACCGCUGCUUCAUAACUUGCCCAUCUGCUCUGAAGCGGCGGACAGAAAUCAACCCUGAUCGAAUACGAUCGGGUUGAUUGACACCCCCUGCGAAUCUGCAGGGGGCGGCAUUGCACCAGCUGGUGCAAUGAUAAAUGUCAACAGCGGACAAUGCCGGCAGCGGACAUAAUACGCUACUUCGUAUCAUGUCCGCUCACACAUUGAUAAAUAUACCCCAUUGGGUUAGAUUACAAGUGGAGCAGUAUUUAGCGCUUUUGUUGCCCGCAAAUACCACAAGUAUUACAAGUUGAAAGUAAAGGGUUUGCACAGGAGGAAAAACCCGACGUGCGUAGACUUCCGGACUUCAGAUAUUGUGGCUGUGCUAACUUCUUCUCCCCCUAGACUUCAAAGGAGUGAGUGAUUAAAAAAACAAACUAACACAUUGCUAGCAUACUAAGUGUCAGGGUUUUUUCCCUGCUUUGUUUGCCAUGUGCUGCUAGCAGCCAUUUCACUCACCUCUCUUGCUGACUUUUGUGCAUAGUUUGUGAUGCUGCUCAUUUCCUGCAUGCCCUUUUAUGGCCAAACUGGUGUACAUCAUCCAUGUGAGACAGGUUGCAGUCUCAGAAUUGUGAUGUCAUCGCUUAUUAUUUAAAGGGCCUUUCAGUAUGCUUUGCCCUUGCGUUGCCUCAGACCUGUUUGUGAGUUCCAGUCCCUGUGUAUUACCUGGCUGUCUGACGUCCCUCCUGGUUCCUGAUCCCUGGCUUGUUCCUAACUCUGCUGUUCUUGUUCCUGAUUCUGGCUCGUCUGACUACUCACUUUGGCUCCUGACUCUGCUCGUCUGACUAUUCACUUUGGCACCUGACUCAGCUCAUCUGACUAUCAGCUCUGGUUUUGACUCCUGGCUUGUAAUUUGAUUUGUGGACUUUUUGUAUUUUUUGCUAUUAAUAAAGGCGUGAUUAUUUUUGCACUUCUCGUGAUUGUGCUAAUAAUCCACCUUUACCUACCAUCAUUUCCAGGAUGGAUGAACAGGAUCACCGCUUGGAUCAAUCUGCACUAGCCCGGCAAACCUUGCUGACUCACACUGCACAUUUGGACCAAAGUGUCCCGCAAGUUAUGGCUGCUCCUGUUUCCGCUGCUGCGCCUAGUCCUACCAGGAGCACGUCCGGUUCUGCACCUAUACCUCAGUGAUAUGGAGGUGAUCCUAUUCAGUUCAGAGGGUUUUUGAACCAGGUGGGCAUUUACUUUGAGAUGUUACCCCAGGCGUUUCUCUCUGACAGAGCUAAGGUGAGAUUUCUCAUCUCGUUAAUCCCUUGUGGGAGACUAAUAAACCUGUGAUUUCAAAUUACCCUGAAUUUGUGGCCUCCUUUCGAAGGGUAUUUGAUGUUCCGGCUCGCUCCUCCUCUGCUGCUAAAUGACUCAUGUCCAUUCAGCAAGCAGUAUGCCAUUGAGUUCUGUACGCUUGCCGCAGAGGUAGGUUGGAACAAUGAAGCCAUUGUUGCCGCCUUCUUUCAUGAGCCAGAGAUUUACCAGAGGAUCUCGAGGCAUUGGUGUCUUUUUUUAUCCUAAUUGACAUUAGACUCAGAGAGAGGCCCUCUUUCAAGAAGCGCUUGUGGAAGCUUCCUGUUCCGUUGUCUCCUACGUGUUCGUUCCCACCCAUGCCUCUCUCUCCUCCCAUGCCUCCUGGUCCCGAGUCACCAGGUACUCCUGAGCCGAUGCAGUUGGGAUUCAUGCGUCUCUCCAUGGUGGAGAGGGCCUUUAGGAGGAGGAAGGGGCUCUGCCUCUAUUGUGGGUUACAGGGCCACCUUUUGAAGUCUUGUCCUACACGGCCGGAAAAACGCUCACACCUAAGGUCCUGUCAGGUGCAGACCUUGGGUGGUUUAUCCUCGUCCCCGGAACCGCUAAAGGAGAAACCUUUGGUCACGGUUGUCCUUUCCUGGGUGGACUCCUCCAUAGUCACCCAGGCUCUUGUUGACUCCGGUGCUGCGGGCUAUUUCAUUGACAGUGCUUUUGUAUCAAAGCACUCCAUUCCCAUUUUGCCUCGGUCUGUUCUGCUUGCUAUUGACGCCAUUGAUGGCAGGCCCCUUCAGCCCGCACUUGUUACUCACGAAACCCAUGGCUGUUGGGGCUCUCCAUUUUGAAACCCUCCAGUUCCAGGUGAUAAAUUCUCCACAUUUUCCAGUUGUUCUGAGUUAUCCCUGGCUCCAAAAGCACAAUCCCAGUCUCGACUGGCGCAGGUCCAAAAUUUUAUCGUGUUCUCCGCAAUGUAUUUCCACUUGUCUUUGGAAACCAGUUAAAGUGUUGUGCACUUCUUCGGUAUCUCAAUUGCCAGAGGAGUACAGAGAGUUCCUAGACUUUUUGACAAGGUGCGUGCCGGUAUGUUGCCUCCUCACCGGUCUUACGAUUGUGCCAUAGACCUGCAACCCGGAGCCAUUCCUCCUCGGGGCCGGGUUUACCCUCUAUCUGUUGCGGAGAAUUGUGCUAUGGAGGAGUAUGUUGCAGAUGCUCUGUCGCGGGGGAUCAUCCGCAAAUCCUGCUCUCCUGCAGGGGCUGGCUUCUUCUUUGUGAAGAAAAAGGCUGGCGAGUUAAGACCAUGCAUCGAUUAUAAGGGUUUUAAUCGUCUUACCAUUAAGAAUGCUUACCCUAUUCCGCUCAUUAUGGAACUCUUUGACCGCCUCAAGGGAGCUACGGUCUUUUCUAAACUUCAUUUGAGAGGAGCGUACAAUCUUGUUAGGAUCAAGGAGGGCCACAAAUGGAAAACAGCAUUUAACACCAGAAGCGGGCAUUAUGACUAUCUUGUACUGCCCUUUGGCCUAUGUAAUGCUCCUGCUGUUUUGCAGGAAUUUAUUAAUGAUGUCCUACGAGAUAUGUUGCAACAGUGUUGUGGUGUAUUUAGACGACAUCCUCAUACACUCACCCACACUUGAGGCUCAUCCUUCUGAUGUUACACGGGUUCUUCAGAGACUACGUGAGAAUGGCCUGUUUUGUAAACUCGAGAAACGUGAGUUCCAUCAGACUCAAGUAACCUUCCUAGGUUAUGUUAUGUCCAUUGCAGGGUUCUCCAUGGAUCCUGACAAGUUGUCUGCAAUUCUGCAGUGGUCUCGCCCAGUUGGUCUUCGGUCUAUUCAACGUUUUUUGGGGUUCGUCAAUUACUAUAGAAAGUUUAUUAAAAACUUUUCUUCCUUGGUCAAACCUAUCACAGACAUAACCCGUAAAGAGAAUGAUCCACUCCAUUGGUCACCUACUGCCAUUAAAGCCUUUGAUAGUCUUAAGACUGCCUUUGCUGCUGCUCCAGUUCUGGCUCAUCCUAACCCUGUCCUGCCUUUUGUUCUUGAGGUCGAUGUGUCUGAGACUGGAGUAGGUGCCUUUUUGUCUCAACGUCGUACGCCUGACGGUUCCUUGCUUCCGUGCGGUUUCUUCUCUAAGAAAUUGUCUCCAGCGGAGUGCAAUUAUGAAAUUGGCGACAGGGAAUUACUGGCCAUAAUUUUGGCACUCAAGGAAUGAAGGCAUCUUCUCGAGGGUACUAGCGUAUUAGUGCUCAUUCUUACUGACCACAAGAAUUUAACUUAUCUAUCUGAAGCAAAACGUUUGUUGCCCGACAGGCCAGAUGGGCGCUAUUUCCAGGCUGAUCGUAGGCGUCUGCCCGCUCCUUCCUACCAGGAUGUUGUGAGGGUUUGGCUGUCCUCCCGCAACUUGAACCUUUGUGUUCCUUCCAAUAAACUGGCUCCCCAUUAUGUUGGUCCUUUUCGAAUACUCCGACGGGUCAAUCCUGUGGCCUAUGCUCUUGACCUUCCUCCUGCAAUGCGCAUCACCAAUUUUUUCAUGUCUCCCUCUUGAAACCAUUGGUUUGUAAUCGGUUUAGCACUGUGUUGCCUCGUCUCCAUCCUAUCUUUGUUGACAACCAUGAAGAAUAUGAGGUCAGCAGCAUUAUUGACUCUCGUAUGUCCAGGGGCCGCGUACGGUAUUUGGUUCACUGGCGGGGUUACGGUCCAGAGGAGUUUUCAUGGGCUCCCUCCUCUGAUGUUCAUGCUCCCGCCCUCCUCUGUGCCUUCCAUGCCCGUUUCCCCAAUAAGCCUUUUGUCCUCCCGUGAGGGGAGGGUACUGUCAGGGUUUUUUCCCUGCUUUGUUUGCCAUGUGCUGCUGGCAGCCAUUUUACUCACCUCUCUUGCUGACUCUGGUGCAUAGUGUCCGAUGCUGCUCAUAUUAUUUAAAGGGCCUCUGUUCAGUAUGCUUUGCCCUUGCGUUGUGUCAGACCUGUUUGUGAGUUCCAGUUCCUGUGUAUUACCUGGCUGUCUGACGUCCCUCCUGGUUCCUGAUCCCUGGCUUGUUCCUGACUCUGCUGUUCUCCUUGUUCCUGAUUCCGGCUCGUCUGACGACUCGCUUUGGCUCCUGACUCGGCUUGUCUGACUAUUCGCUUUGGCACCUGACUCGGCUCGUCUGAGUACCAGUUCUGGUUUUGACUCCUGGCUUGUUAUUUGACUUGUGGACUUUUAUUAUUUUUUGCUAUUAAUAAAGGUGUGAUUAUUUUUGCACUUCUCGUCUCAGUCUGAUUCCUGGCACCCUGACACUAAGUGACUAAGGGCUAGAUUACAAGUGGAGUGCUAAAUCCCGCAAAAGGGCUAUUUUGCUUGUUUGCGGAAGCGCAAUAAUUAACCAGCAAUUACAAGUGUCUGAUUAUUGCUACCACAUGCUCGCUUGAGAUUAGGGGGCCUAUUUAUCAAAGUGUCAACAGAAAAUACGCUUGAAUUCCGCAUUGUAUUUGUCACGAGAUUGAUCUGCCGUAGCUAUCAAAGCGUCAAGAUCAGCAAAUGUUUAAAUUUGUGACGUAACAUACUAUCUCGCGAUCUCAAUCCGACUCAAUCGAUGCUUGUGUCAUUACAGAUAUUUCAAAUUCAGAUUCGACUCUAUUUGAACCUUUUCCCAAUUUAUCAAACAAUUAACAGGUACGCUCGCGUGUAUUCUGACACAGCGUACCUAGUUUUCAUUCAACCACCCUUGAGGUCACGGAUGCCAUAGAACUCAAUGGGAGUCUGAAAACACAGAAAGCUUAUGUUCGAUGCUGCAAGAGAAUUAAGUAUAUUACAUAAUAAAAGUAAAUUAGAAACUCUAUUAAAAUUGUAUACCCUUUCUAAAUCAAACAAUAUUAUUGCUCCACAUGUGGUGCACUAGUAGAUAUAGGGAUAAAAAUGAAAAAUAGAUUACUACUUAUGGAUUAUGCUAAAAAUUUGUCUCUCAUUACAAAGCAAGGGGACAAUAUUAUUUCUACAUAUGUGUUGAAAAGUUUUGCCCCAAACUUGUCGCACUAAUAGAUAGAGAUAAAAAUGAAAUAAAUGCACAAUAUAAUAUAGCUAAAAAAAAUUUUAUUUUUUGUGAAAAAUCUAUGUGCAGCAUGUUUAAGCCAUGUAAUACAAGUCCCAAUUUUGACGCAACACUUUUUGCACUAAUUAUGACGCAAACUCUUAAACAACCCACACACUAGUGAAUUUUUCAACCACUUUUGAUUGGAAUAUGCAUAAUCACAUGAUUUAUGACAUCAGCCAAUCUGAUUCAAAUACACAUUUUAAACUAUCACUAACGAAUCAGAUUGCUUGUGUCAUUGAUCACUCAUCAGAACUUGCAAGUGCCAUUUGUUACAUUGUGUAUUAUACUAUGAAAGUAUGUAUAUGUGAAAUUAGAAUUAAAGAUAAACAUUGAUGCUGACAUUAGGACACACAGUGUAAUAUUUUAGACAAGGAUUUUAAAAUUCGAAUUGAUGUUUGAUUCAAUAUAAUCUUAAACUGAUAGCUCAAAGGGAUAGCCCACCUAACAUUAAACUGUCAUGAUUCAGAUACAGCAGAAAUUAAAAUCACCUCUUUAGUAUCA